ACAGCAUCAGCAGGUUGCUCUUUAAUAACUUGCAGAAAUGGGGAACUGCGUGCACGGCCUGCGUAGCUUCUGCGACCGACCCAAGAACACAAAUAUGAGCCUUAGUUUACCUGCCGUGUGUUUGGUCUGGCAGCUGGCUAUGAUCAUUUUGUUUGGGGUGUUUGUGCGGUAUAAUGAGGAGGCAGACACCCACUGGGUCGAUUACAGAAACGAGAAUAAUAUUACGAGUGAUAUUGAGAAUGACUUCUACUUCAGAUAUCCCAGUUUUCAAGAUGUACAUGUCAUGAUCUUCGUUGGCUUUGGGUUCCUCAUGACCUUCUUGAAGCGCUACGGCUUCGGUGCCGUGGGAUUCAAUUUCCUGAUCGCGGCGUUCGGCAUCCAGUGGGCUCUUCUGGUGCAAGGCUGGUUUCAUUCUCUGGAUUACACCGAUGGAAAGAUCAAGAUCGGUGUAGAAAACAUGAUCAAUGCAGAUUUCUGCGUGGCGAGUUGUCUGAUAGCUUACGGUGCCGUGCUGGGAAAGGUCAGUCCGGUUCAGCUGCUGGUGAUGACCCUGUUUGGCAUCGCGCUGUUCGCUGUUGAAGAGUUCAUCAUCCUCAAUGUUCUUCAUGCUAAAGAUGCUGGUGGCUCUAUGGUGAUCCACACGUUUGGAGCUUAUUUCGGUCUGUCCAUAUCGUGGGUUCUGUAUCGGCCGGACUUGGAUAAGAGCAAACACUUGAACGGUUCGCUCUACCACUCGGACCUCUUUGCCAUGAUUGGCACUCUGUUCCUGUGGAUGUUCUGGCCCAGUUUCAAUUCUGCCAUUGCUGAUCAUGGAGACGGUCAGCACAGAGCGGCCAUCAACACAUACCUGGCUCUGGCCUCCACCGUCCUGACCUCAGUCGCAAUGUCCAGCCUGUUCGAGAAAACGGGAAAACUAGACAUGGUUCACAUCCAGAAUUCCACACUGGCUGGAGGAGUUGCUGUAGGGACAGCAGCUGAAUUUAUGUUGUCCCCGUACGGUUCUUUGAUCGUAGGUUUCUUUUGUGGAAUUAUAUCAACAUUGGGCUACAUUUAUAUAUCGCCAUUCUUGGAGGAGAAACUGAAGAUUCAAGACACCUGCGGCAUUCAUAACCUGCACGCCAUGCCAGGGGUCAUCGGAGGAAUUGUGGGCGCCAUCUCAGCCGCCGCUGCCAGCGAGCCAGUUUAUGGGGCAUUAGGCUUGAAAAAUACAUUUGACUUCUUUGGAGAUUUUGGAAAGCGAGUUCCCACUAUCCAAGGAGGAUUUCAGGCAGCCGCACUUUGUGUGGCCUUAUGUUUUGGAGUAGGAGGCGGCAUUUUUGUUGGCUAUAUUCUUAAGUUGCCCAUCUGGGGCGAUCCAGCAGAUGAGAACUGCUUUGAUGAUGAGUGCUACUGGGAGGUUCCUGAGGAUGAGGAAAGUGUUCCACCUAUUUUGGCUUACAACAAUCACAUGAUCCCCAACAAACAUGCAGACAUGACAGAGACGAAUUUCGUGGAGCAGGGCUAACACAAGACAACACGUGUGCAGUGUUGUGAUCUGUGUCAAUGGCAAUUAUUCCAUGCUGCUUUUCUCUGUUAACAACCAUUCAGCCAAACCUAAAACGAAACGGACAUUUCCUUUUGGCUUUUAUGAAGCACAAACCUGGCAGAAUACCUGGAGAUGCAUUUCAUCCAGCAGAAUAUUUAUUAUAUCCUAAAUGACAUGUAAAUACUGUCUUAAUGUAUUUGUAUGUCGCUAUACGGUCUUAAUAUAUUUGUGUGUCACAAACAUCAGAUUAUUGAUCAGUCAAGUGUAUGGUGAAACUAGAUUAAUUAAUUUCUUUUAAAAACAGAUUUGAUGAUCAAUUUCCUGAUAAGGUGUUUAGAGAAAAUGUGGCAAAAAACAACAACCUUUAAACCUCCUAGUAGAUACAUUUUCAUUUAAACUAGAGUAUAUAGAAAUAAAUUAAUUUUACAUGUGUAAAUUUAAGAUAUUGUUGAUCAUAAUGUAAUUGUUUUAAAUGUUAGAGUCUGUGUUUUUCUUAAAUCAGCAACCGCACAUUGUCUUCACCAAAGGAUAUAAAUAUUCAAACAAAAGCAAAAUUCUGUAAUGUUUUGUUUACAGAUCUUUUUUCUCCUAUAAUUUGAAUUGCUUUCAUGUUAGUCAGCAUGCAUGCAUACAACAACAAUGUGCAAUCUGUAUGUAAUUGUUUCUAUAUUUUAAAUUUUUCUUCAGUAUUGUAUCAUACUUGUUUGUUGAUCCUUGUUUAAAAAAGUUGUAAAUCUAUUGUUUAUUGCCAGAUUAAAUUAUUGAAUUGUUACAGGAGAUU